AUGUUUCCCGGACUCACCCCCUUCACCGUUCAAACGGAGACUUCACCUGGGGUCGUCUCCAUCUACGGCCUCAAAACUGACCCACCCAUCCCGUCGCUGCCCACGCUCCUCCUGCUCCACGGCUUCCCGCAGAACCACCGGAUCUGGUCCCGGGUAGCCGGCCUCCUCGCUGGCCGGUACAACCUCGUCAUCAUCGACCUCCGCGGCUACGGGGCCUCCUCCAAGCCUUCCUCGCUCGCCGCCUACGCCAAGAGCGCCAUGGCCCGCGACUGCAUCGCCGUCAUGGACGCCGUCCUCGGCCCCGACGGCGACCGCCGCUUCUCCGUGUGCGCGCACGACCGCGGCGCGCGCGUCGCCCACAAGCUCUGCGUCGACCACCCCGCGCGCGUCCAGCGCGUGAUGCUGCUCGACAUCUGCCCGACGCUGGCCAUGUACGCCCAGACCGGGCUGGCCUUUGCCACCGCGUACUUUCACUGGUUCUUCCUGAUCCAGCCGGCGCCGCUGCCGGAGACGCUGGUCGCGGCCAAGCCCCGCGAGUUCGCGCAGAGGUUCAUGGGGGCGCGGCAGGCGCAGGGCGCGCAGGUCUUUGAUGAGGCGGCGUUCGAGUCGUACGUGGGAGGGCUGGCGGACGAGGAGACGCUGCACGCCAUGUGCCAGGACUACAGGGCGAGCGCGACGCUGGACCUGGAGGAGGCGCGGGCGGACAUCGCGGAGGGGAGGCUGAUUAGGUGCCCGCUGAGGGUGUUCUGGGGGAAGCACGGGGUGAUCGAGGAGUGCUUUGACGCGAUCAAGGAGUGGCGGGCGGUGACGGAGGAGGGCGUCGUAGUGGACGGGCACAGCGUGGACUCGGGACAUUACAUCCCGGAGCAAAUUCCUGAUCUUUUGGCCUCAAAGAUUAUUGACUUUUUCGUUGAAGAAUAG